AUGUCCGCAGGAGGAGAUUUUGGGAACCCAUUGAGAAAAUUCAAACUGGUCUUCCUGGGGGAGCAAAGCGUUGGGAAGACAUCUUUGAUCACACGGUUUAUGUAUGACAGCUUCGACAAUACAUACCAGGCAACUAUCGGGAUUGACUUUUUAUCAAAAACUAUGUAUUUGGAGGAUCGUACGGUCCGAUUGCAACUCUGGGACACCGCUGGCCAGGAGAGAUUCCGCAGCCUAAUCCCCAGUUACAUCCGGGACUCCACUGUGGCCGUGGUGGUAUACGACAUCACAAAUCUCAACUCCUUCCAACAGACCUCCAAGUGGAUUGACGAUGUCAGGACAGAAAGAGGAAGUGAUGUCAUCAUCAUGCUGGUGGGCAACAAGACAGAUUUGGCAGAUAAGAGGCAGAUAACAAUUGAAGAAGGAGAACAGCGAGCCAAAGAACUGAGUGUCAUGUUUAUUGAAACCAGUGCCAAGACAGGAUACAACGUAAAGCAGCUAUUCCGGCGUGUUGCAUCAGCUCUCCCUGGAAUGGAGAAUGUUCAGGAGAAGAGCAAAGAAGGGAUGAUUGACAUCAAGUUGGACAAACCACAAGAGCCCCCAGCUAGUGAAGGCGGAUGCUCCUGCUAA